ACAUAUAGAUAACAAAAUAAUUGUAGGCCUGUGAAAGCGAAAGUUAAUUGCUAGCACAUAGUAUGGGAAAUAUUUUCUGACUUUUGUACGCCAGCCACCAAUUAAGACCUUAAUCAAAUCCAAAAUGAAUCAGUCUCUCUAAAUCCAUCCUUAUCUACUUGUUUGUGUAUGAUUCAAUCAACAGAAUUUCAUAAUCAGCUGAUACUAAGAAGAAAGAGAAGAGAAUAAUAUGAAGAGCCAUGUCUCAGAAAGGGUUCAGCCUUUUGCCAAGUGCCUCCAGAGUUGAGAUCACCUCGGAAUAAAACUUGGAGAAUUAUUACAAUUUUCAAGGUGACAAAAGUGCAUGUCAGAUUUUUUUAUCCUUAUAAAAUCGAAGACAAGUAUGGUAAUUUACAACAGCCUGCUCAAUCAAGACCUCCUGGUAAAGGAGAUGUCAUAGAUUAAAGCUACACACAUGCUCAACAAAGUUCUUACUCUCAAUCUCCCUUAAUUAUGUUGCAACCCUUCACUACUUGCUUUACCUUUCUUCAUAGGAAGACCAAAUUCUUCCUCAAUAAACCAAGAAUCAAGGACAUGAUGAGUGCGUGCCGCAAGAGGAGACAAUCCAACAGAAAAUUCACUUCAAGUUCUGACUUGUCAACCUCUUCUUUCCUUCACAUGGAGCUCUCUACUCAGUUUCAUCAAGUUUUCAAGCUUAUCGACACUAAUGGGGAUGGGAAGAUAUCAGCUACUGAGCUCAGUGAAGUGCUCUCAUGCCUUGGAUACAACAAGUGCACUGCUGACAAGGAAGCUGAAGGCAUGGUGAGAGUGUUGGACUUCAAUGGAGAUGGGUUUGUGGACUUGGAUGAGUUGAUGAUUGUCAUGAAUGGCAUGGAAGAAGAAGAAGAAGAAGAGAAAUUUGGAAGUGGCAUGGAGCAUGGUGGUGGUUACCUCAUGGAUGCUUUUCUUAUCUUUGACACUGACAAGAAUGGCCUAAUUUCAGCCAAGGAACUGCAGAGAGUUCUGAUCAAUCUAGGGUGUGAUAAUUGUAGUCUUAGAGAGUGCAAGCGCAUGAUCAAAGGGGUUGAUAAAAAUGGAGAUGGGUUCGUGGAUUUUGAAGAAUUUCGAUCCAUGAUGCAAAGUGGACUUGCCAAUUAGAUCUUGAAAUGGGUUUGUGCUGUAUUUCAAUAUUAUUUCCUUUGUUUUCUUCUUUUUUUCACUGUACAACAUAUCUUAAGAUAGCAUAAUGUGACAUGUUUGCCAGAUGAUGAUACUGUUUAAGUAUGUGGUUAAAGGUUUGUUUAUCAAGUUUAUGUAUAUGUAAAAUCAUCUAUUGAAAAAAACUAUCAGCUUAAACAAAUUUUAAUA